CGCCAACUUGAACGUGGGACUGGUCAGCAUCUUCACAAUCGAUUUUGCUACGACGUACGAUGACGGUUCGCAGCUUGAAGACGAAGAAAACUCCAGCGAAGACAGUGCAAAAGCGCAAGCCUGGUGUCACGAUGAAGAGCAAGUCCAAGGCGACGCUGCACAUUCUGUGGCGAGGCAAGCAGAUCACGGAGUUUGAAUCGCGAGUGUACGAGCUCAUUUCAAAGAUUCCGGCAGGCAAGGUGAGCACCUACGGCGGCGUGGCGCAAGCACUUCACUCUGGACCACGAUGCGUCGGCCAAGCCUUACGUAAGAAUCCAUUCGCCCCCGAGGUUCCGUGUCACCGCGUCGUGGCUGCUACGCUUGACAUUGGAGGCUUUCAAGGUGCUACUUUGAGAAGAUAUUGGAUAAAGGGUGUAGGCUGAACACGAUAUUUAUUAUGUAGGUGCAACUGGAGAGGAUUCGCCUUGCAUCCAGAAGAAGCGGACACUGUUGGCAAAGGAAGGAGUUCGCUUUACGAAGGAGCACAAGAUCGAUGCAGCCUGCCUCCAUGAGUUCGAAUAACCAAGCCAUUUGAGUAUUCAUCAACAUCUAAGUCCAUUACAAAGUGUAUGUCUUCCACUCUAAAGCUUA